GUUGUGGAGUCCUGGGUUUGCCCAGGCGCGGGGCUAGCUCGGUCUUCCUGGACUAGUUGUAUACCAGCCUCAGGUGCCUUCCGUUUGUGCAGCUGGGUGUCAGUCCUCCCAGGGCUCCAGUGGGCAUUAAACCACGCACAGGACAGAUUCAACAUGAGUGAAGUUUCCUGCAAAAAACGGGAUGACUAUUUGGAAUGGCCUGAAUAUUUCAUGGCAGUGGCCUUCUUAUCUGCACAGAGAAGCAAAGAUCCAAAUUCCCAGGUUGGAGCCUGCAUUGUGAAUACAGAAAACAAGAUUGUCGGGAUUGGGUACAAUGGAAUGCCAAAUGGUUGCAGUGAUGACCUUUUGCCCUGGAGGAGAACAGCAGACAAUAAGCUGGAUACCAAGUAUCCAUAUGAUUUCCCUGUAAUGCCAGAGACUGUUUAUUUUCACACAUGGCUGAGACCCCCUCAAAAAUGGCAUUCCUCGUCUAAAUUAUGCCAUGCUGAGCUAAAUGCCAUCAUGAACAAGAAUUCGGCUGAUGUGAAGGGCUGUAGCAUGUAUGUCGCCUUGUUCCCAUGUAAUGAAUGUGCUAAGCUCAUCAUCCAGGCAGGUAUAAAAGAAGUUAUUUUUAUGUCUGAUAAAUACCAUGACAGUGAUGAGACAACAGCGGCGAGGCUCAUGUUUGAAAUGGCUGGGGUUACGUUCAGGAAAUUUACACCCAAGUGCAGCAAGAUUGUCAUUGACUUUGAUUCAAUUAACAGCCGACCGAGUCAGAAGCUUCAGUGAGUUCCAUCUCAUUAAAUCUCCAGAAGAUUGGGACUGUCCUCUUCUUAGAAGCUGCUAAUGUCUUUCAUCUUGAAGUUGCACAUAACUUUUUAAUGGCCAGCACAGUGCCAGUAGACAUCUAAAGAAUAUAAAGUCUCAAAUCUCCCUUACUGUCCCUCCUGUCACAUGGAAUCUGCAUCAGUUUAAACUAUUGAUUUAAGGCUGAAAAUAAGGAAUCCCGCAGAUGGCUGGCGUGAGGGUGUCUCCUCCCUGUGGCCCGGCUUGCUGGGAUGCUGGGGGCUCUGCAGAAGAGCCUCUGCUCUCUGUUUCCCACUGCAUUUCAACAGCCACUCCUCGCUGCUGCAUGUGCUGGAAUGACAAAUAAAUAAUUGUUGUGCUCUUAGUGGGGAUGAGCAGACACACUGAUGUGAACAUCUGGCCCAAAUGAAGCAUAACAUGUAGUGCCCUUGGAAAAAAAAAAAAUGGGACCCAAGUGACAGUAGCAUUAAAGUCUCUGCUGCAGGAGUUGAGGGAAACCCCCACUCAUCCACCCAGAAAACCCAGAUAGGGUGGCACAUCUGUCCUGACAGAUGAUCAGUGCCACUGAACCAGGAAUAUUUUCUCUGUUCCUGUUAUUCUGCCACACACAUGCUAGUGGCACAUUAUCCCUCUGGGGGUGGGGACCCCUGUUGUUUUGGCUUCUUAUUUUUGGUUUGUUGGUCAUGGAGAGCUGUUACAUUUAGUUUAUCCGAAUAAUGAAUUGUUCUCAAAGGACACAGCCCGUCUCCCCUUGUCACCUCCUCGAGACCAUACCCUGCUGUGGUGGCAACGGGGCUGGUGGGGAGGGGGUGUCAGGUUAUCUCCCCUACGCUGCUGCUUCUGCUGUGUGGAAACGGGUUGCCUCUCCUGCACACGCCAACAUGGUUCAUUUCCGAGCAAAUUAAUUCCUGUCCUGAAAGUGAAUUGUGAGAAAUUUCACCCACCUGGAGGCCGUUUAUUCCAGAUCUAUUGGCAACUGGAGCUCAUUUGAGCUCCUGGCGCCAUGCCUUCACCUACACAGAUAUCACCCUCCCCAUCGCUGCGGGUUGGGAAUGUGUGGCUGUGUACCUUGUCUUUAAUCUCAUUUAAUUUUUAUUAAACAUGCUCAGUACCUUUGUUGAGAAAAUGGUUUCUUUAUCUUAAAGAUUAUUACCUUUUUUAGAGUGCUCUUAUGUUUUCAUGAGUUUUUAUUUUGUCUCUGAGGUUUUGUACUCCUGUGUUCUAGGGCAUUUUGUAAUUUGGCUCCUUACCAAUAUUAUUAAAAUCUUAUUAAAAUCUA